CCCGCAAAUGCAAUGCUUCUUUCGAUCCUUCCAAAGAUAAACUCUUGGCAUGCAAUCUAUUGCUUUCCUAAAACGGUUCCCAAUCAAUCUUGGUCACAGAGAUGUUGUCGUCAACAGUGCCGGACACUACCACCCAAGACAUCAUAGAAAUGAGAACUAUUUCCCUUUUUCGGUUUAUUCGCGAAUAUGUGCUUUAAAUCCAUGAUGCCGAGUGUAGUUGUAAAAGACAUAAAAGAGAUGAAUGUCCACGUCUUUGGAUCAUGCUCAGAACAUCACAAACACAAUCAUCAGCUCUUACAAUAACAAGACUACAUUAUCAAUCAACUAUCAUCACAUUUAUUCAGACUUACCCCACAGUCCACAUUCAACAUCCACACAAUGGCUCCCAAGUCUCUUGAACUCACCCCAGAUGACUACCGCUUCUUCCGCUCCCAAAUCACCAAGCCCGCCCCCCUCCCCAAGGACAUAUCCCUUUCAGAAAGCACUAUCAUCAUCACUGGCGCAAACACCGGCAUUGGUUAUGGCGCUGCAGAGCAGUUUCUCGCCAUGAACCUCAAGCGUCUCAUCAUCGCUGUCCGAAGUAUCUCCAAGGGUGAAGCCGCAGCAGCAACCCUCCGCGCCAAGUAUCCCAGUGCCGAGAUCCUCGUCUGGCAGGUCGAUAUGAACACAUACAAGAGCGUUCAAGACUUUGCGAAAAAGUGCGAGACUCUUGAUCGUAUUGAUCUUGUCAUUCUCAACGCUGGUAUACAAAUGACAAAGUUCGAACUUAGUCCUGAGGGCCAUGAGGUUUCGUUCCAGGUCAACUACCUCUCUACCGUUCUUCUCGCCACACUGCUUCUUCCCACACUCAAGCAAAAGGCUCCAGCUGGUCAACCGGGACAUCUCACGAUCGUCAACUCAGGCACAGCUCUAGCGGCCGAGUUUCCCAACGCCGAAGACGAGAACGUCAUGGAAUUCUUCGACAACGAAGCCUUUUUCUCUUCUGGUGUGAAUGCACUUCCUUCAUACUCCAGGACCAAAGCUCUCGCACACUUCUGGAUAGUAAAACUAGUCGAGCGCGUCAAAGCCGAAGAUGUGAUCGUCAACCUCGUUGAUCCAGGUAUGGUUGGCGGAACUAGCUUGACACGCGGUCAGGGAAACAUCAUCAUUCAGUACAUCUUUGUUUUGGUAAACUUUCUUAUUGCUCGGAGCAUCAAGAACGGAGCAAGUACAUUUGUGCAAGCUGGUGUUGUUAUGGGCAAGGAGACCCAUGGGUCUUAUAUCAUGGAUUGGAGAAUUCACCAUUACACCAAGUUCUUGUAUACGCAGGAGGGUAAGGCCUUUGCGGAUAAGGUCUGGUAUGAGACGAACAAGCUUCUGUCCUUUGCCGACAUUGACGGUAUCUUGAACUCGCUCUGAGGGACGGAGCGAUGUGUCUUUUGAAGGAGUUCCAAGGGUUCUGACCAUCUUGUUGGGUAUAAGCGGGACUGGGCAUCUGGGAAUAUAGACUGAUAGACUAAUAAUUAAU